AUGCAGAUAUUUGUUAAGACCCUUACGGGCAAGACUAUAACCCUAGAGGUUGAGCCAUCUGACACUAUCGAAAAUGUCAAAGCCAAGAUUCAGGACAAAGAGGGAAUUCCACCGGAUCAACAACGAUUAAUUUUUGCCGGAAAACAAUUGGAAGAUGGCCGAACAUUGUCUGAUUAUAAUAUUCAGAAGGAGUCUACUUUGCAUUUGGUCCUGCGUUUACGUGGAGGUGCCAAAAAACGCAAGAAGAAGAAUUACUCAACUCCCAAAAAAAUGAAGCAUAAGCGGAAGAAGGUCAAGCUUGCAGUCCUUAAAUACUAUAAGGUCGAUGAGAACGGUAAGAUUCACCGCCUUCGCCGCGAAUGUCCUGGUGAAAAUUGCGGUGCUGGUGUUUUCAUGGCAGCACAUGAAGAUCGACACUAUUGCGGCAAAUGUAAUUUAACAUUUGUGUUCACUAAGCCAGAAGAAAAGUAAUAGAAUAAAAUGCAGACUAACUGGUAAACUUGUGUUUCCUGGAGAAAUAUAAAGUUGUUUUACUUUAGUUGUACAUAUCA